CUCACUCGUGUGGUUAGGGAACGCGAAUUUAUAGGAACGUAAUAUCUAGAAAAAUUCGUAUAAGACUAUACCGGUGAAAUGAAGCACAAGGUGACACAAUUCGCGCGAAAAUUAUCCGAUUCGUGGCGACUGACGACGUUUUGGAGACGGCUCAGCGAGAAAUCGAAAGAUCGCAACUCGCCGAAAACGUCGCUCUGCUCGACGGACGACGAUGAUUCUUGCUCCCCGUGUCCUCUUGUGCCAACGAAGCAGCAACCGACGUAUUGUCCGUGUCCUCCCAUACUGCUAUCUACUUGUCCGGAAGCUGAUCCAGGCAAGCACAAAUUUUGGCGAGCAAUGUCUCUCUUCGUUGCGAUACCCGUUGUGUUGAUCACGUCGAUAAUCACUUGCAUACGGGAGAAGGAAAAACGGAAACAGCCGAGAGAACCGUACUUGAAUUUGCCCUACAUGCAACGUCGGACCAAGCCAUUUCCUUGGGGCGACGGCAAUCACACUCUGUUCCAUAAUCCCGUGAAAAAUCCUAUUCCACCACAUGGUUAUGAAGUUGAGGAUCCGAACGCAAUUCCCGAGAAGAAAAAAGACAAUUAGUAGAAGUGUAGGAAUGGCUUGGAUCCUGCUGGUGGCAGUUGAAAAUACCGACGAGGAGGAAGAAUAUGAUGGCAUGUCUGCCUCGACACGCGGCGGUCGUUUUAAUUUUUAAUCGUCUCUCGUCACAAAAAUCCCUCGAGUGAGAUCAGACAUGAAUUAUUAAAUCUGAAUAGGAGAGAGCGCGGCUCUCAGGUAAUGCAAAGUGCCAUAGUACAUUUUGCUAUAGCAUAUAAAUGUUUUAUUUAUU